AUGGCUAAAGGGAACAUCGUCACCUCGCGUUCCUUAUGGCGACUAGAGUUUUUUGUGGUGUCUCUGCUUUUCCAUCUGAUCUUCACAUGGUCGAUCUUUGAUGUGUACUUCCAUUCGCCUGUGGUGUAUCCAUCGCGCCGUUUCGAUGCAGCGAAUGCUGUGCCAGAUGCACCAUGGACAGGAGACGCUCCUGCUGAUCGACUCGUACUGAUUGUAGCUGACGGUUUGCGUGCUGACACGCUGUUUCAACGGCAUGCUACGGCGAGUCUGCCUUCGUGGGCCCAGCACGCAGUGCAAGGUGAUCAACUCGUAUACAACGGCACGUACCCCGAUGCAUUUAAACGCACAAAGACAGUGGAUGGGCAGGUAUCGGGACCUCUGUAUGCGUAUGCUGCACCCUAUCUGCGUUCAAUCGCCAGGGGCCCAGGCGUGUUCGGCGUAAGUCAUACGCGCGUUCCCACAGAGAGCCGCCCAGGGCAUGUGGCGCUGAUUGCUGGCAUGUACGAGGAUAUGAGCGCAGUAUCGAAGGGCUGGAAGAUCAAUCCGCUCGCGUUUGACUCACUCUUAAACCAGUCAUCGCAUUCGUACGCGUACGGCUCACCGGAUAUUGUACCCAUGUUUGUGCUUGGCACAUCGCCGGAUAAGGUUGACUGGCAAGUGUACAAUGAAGAGGCGGAAGACUUCACCAAAGAUGCCGUGGAGCUUGAUACUUGGGUUCUCAACCGCAUGCGUGACGUAUUUUCCCGUGCACAGCGUGAUCCGAAGGCAGACGCCCGCCUCCGCCAGCCCAAGACUCUGUUUUUCCUGCACUUACUGGGCCUUGAUACCACCGGACACACCUACCGCCCCAUGUCACCCGAGUACGUCGGUAACACUAUUGUGGUCGACGAAAUCGUGCGUCAAGUAUCACAUCUCUUUGAAGAUUUCUACGGCGAUAAUAAGACUGCAUUCCUUGUUACAGCUGACCACGGCAUGAGUCGUAAGGGCAACCACGGCGACGGCGAUCCAGAUAAUACACGCACACCGCUGGUCGCUUGGGGCGCUGGUGUGCCCAAGGCGCGCCAUCUCCCACAGCGCCGAUUUGUGUACACCGAUUACGACAAGCACUGGGGUCUGGAUUUUCUCGCUCGCUCUGACGUCGAACAAGCUGAUUUGACACCUCUUAUGGCUUCAUGGCUAGGCUUACCCGUUCCUGCCAACUCCGAGGGUCGUCUGCCACUCGACCUGCUCAACGCCAGCCCGGCAUAUCGCGCCCGGGCUGCUCUAGCUACGGCCAAACAGGUUUUAGAAGUGUACCGCGUCAAGUAUGUCGACCGUGCCAGUCGGAUGCUACAUUUUCAACCGUUUCAACCACUUCAAAGCAGAGGCGAUACCCUGCCUGGCGCAGCUCGCGUCGCCGAUGCAGAGCAGGCUGUCCGUGACGGCGAAUUCGACGUUGCUAUGGAGGAGAGUGAGGCUCUCAUCCACGAUGCCCUUCUCGGUGCCAAGUAUCUCCACCGCUAUGAUGCCCCCAUUCUCAGCACGAUUGUCGUUUGUGGCUACUUGGGGCUCUUCAUGUAUGGUCUGACAUUUUUGGCCUGGUAUGCCCAAGACCAGCCCCUUCUGUCUUUGCGACCAUGCAACGUUCGUAUUAUGUCUAUGCCGCCCCUGAUACUUGCAUUGCUAUGGGGCAAAUUUGCUUUGGACCAUGCACCAUGGAUGUACUUUGUCUACAGUGGCGCCGUCGGUGCGAUAUGGACGCUCUUCGCCUGCCGCGUCCAUAUUCUUGCACACGUACUGCGCCAUGCACAGUCCAUGUGGACGUACGUCAAGGGAGUCUCGUACGCAGUCAUCAGUCUGAUUCUCCUCGAGCUGGCCGUAUAUGGCUAUUUACAUCGUCUUGUAUGGGCUGCCAUCCUCUUGUUCCUUGGCUUCUCCUUACCAUUCGCCUCACCCAUGUCUUUUAAGGAAGGUCAUCAGGUGCUUGUGCUUCUUGGUGCUGUUUUGUGUGGGGCUAACGGAUGGUUCAUGUCACUACCGACCGAGAAGGACGAGAGUGUUCCGCUGAUCCUUGGCGGAGGCACGCUCCUUCUUGUACUUGGUUCCCUGGUAUAUCUUUUGCCCCGGACAUUCCUCAUGCCACCUGACUAUCUCGGUCGCGAUCGAAACGCCUAUGCGAUGAUGCAUGCCCGCACGGUGGAUGAACUGAAAGAAAUAUCUGCUCAAAAAAAUGAAGAGGAGCCUGACGCGGACGUGUUUUGGCCGCGCACCAGGCAGGCUUUGCUCAUGGAGCUUGUUUGCUUGGUCAUUUCUAUGCUAGUAACACGCUCUUCAGCGCAUUCACUCAACACGAAACAGGGUCUGCCGUUUGUCAACCAGGCCGUGGCAUGGGUGGUCAUGCUUGGCUCGAUGAGCGCGCCGCUCGUGCUGGGUUUUCAGCGUCCGCGCGGUAAGCUCGCACAGCCUGUACGCGAGCGCCUCGUAUUACUCAUUUUCGCUUUUGCCCCUGUCUUUGUGCUUUUAUCCUUGCGGGACGAAGUGCUCUUUUAUGCCGUUUAUACGCUGCUGGUACUUGCUUGGGGACACAUGGAGGCCGAGUUGGCUCGAGAUCGUAUUGUUAUCGAGCGCAUUACGAGUGGCACACGGUCAGCAGUGACGGUGCAAGAACCUCAGCGACCACGCAAUAUGAUCUUGGACGACAUUAGAGUUGGCAUCGUCUACUUGGUGCUUUUGCACGUGGGAUUCUUUGGAACAGGAAAUGUCGCAUCGAUAUCGAGCUUUUAUUUGUCGCCCGUAUACCGCCUGGUCCCGGUGUUUAGUCCGUUCCUCAUGGCGGCCCUGCUCGUACUCAAGUUGAUUGUGCCCUUUAUCAUCUUGUCGUGCGUGCUAGCCGCGGUGUGCAUGCAGCCUUUGGAGACACGUGCACUCGCACCUGUAUCUAGCCGUGUUCCGAUUGUGGCAAGCGGACUGGGUUUGCGGGACGUGCACAUCCCCUUGGUCGUGGCAGCACUCGCAGGCGACGUGCUGGCCCUCAACUUUUUCUUCGCUAUUCGUGAUGAAGGCAGCUGGCUCGAGAUUGGUCAGUCAAUUACCCAUUUUGUCAUGGCGAAUUUGUUGCAGAUGUACAUGCUCGCUAUCGCGACAUUGAGUGCGUUACUCCUAGGCGUUUCUCGUGUGUCGAACACGUAG